UAUGACCAAACAUGACAAAAAGCCAAGAAUGUCACUCAAACCUAUAUCUGUUGUGAACUCUAUGAGUUAUGAAGAUUUCAUAUCUUUAUUUGGUAACGUGAUAGAGCACUGCUCCUUAUGUGCUGCAGCAGCAUGGAGAGAUCGUCCGUUCUCUGACGUCAACAGUCUUCACAAGUCUUUCUGUCAGUUUGCUGAUCAACUUCCUAUUGGAGGAAAAGAAGGCAUUUUAAGACUACAUCCAGACUUGGCAGGAAGACUGGCCAUGUCUGGUGGACUGACCAAUGAAUCCACCAAGGAACAACAAAGUGCAGGUCUAAAUACACUUACUGACCAAGAAAAACAAAACAUGCAUCAUUUAAAUCAACAAUAUAAACAAAAGUUUGGCUUCCCUUUUGUCAUAUGUGCUCGAGAAAACAAGAAGGAAGCCAUUUUGACUGGGCUUGAGAAUAGAUUGAAGAAUUCUGGUGAAACUGAGGCAGUAACAGGGGUCGAGGAAGUUAAAAAGAUCUGUCGACUGAGACUGUUAGAUAUUGUAGACUCUUCUUCAAAGCUGUGAUAAAUAAUGUAUUGAGACAAAGACGUGUUAUAUAUAAUAAGUAGAGAGAGAGAGAGAGAGAGAGAGAGA